GUGUCCGUCGAUGGGAGCGCGGCCAGCCGGUCUGACGAAGUGUGCUCGCUGGCCGGACUGUCGGCACACACCACCUCGCUGCCAGAAAACCCGAUGGCACCUUAAGGAGAGAAGUCAAGGGCAAGAAGCGUCCCUUCGUUACCCAGUCUGGCCCAGCUUGGGCCCUACUUGGACCCCACUCCGGUGCCCCGCCGGUGUCUCCACCCCCUCCCCGUCGGUCGGCACACACCUCUUCUGUGGGUAUCUCUCUUCUGUAGAAUCCCUUGCUCCUCCAGCCCCUUCACCUUUGCCGGGGGAUCUCCCCCUCCGCACGUUCCCCUGCGCACCUUCUAUCGCCACCUCCCCCUUCUGCCCUCGUCUCUCAACACGAAUCCAUAUGUAUGGGGUUGUGGCGCACAGGCGACGCAAAUGUGCUGACUACAUUACGCCGCUAUAUAAGAUAGCCGGGCAACCAUCCUAUCCCCACAGACCGAGCCAGAUCGGCAGACCGUUCACAGACGGGACCAACCGACACCGACCCGACCGAUAUCCGCCGAUACCACACGACACACCACACGACAACACCACGCAACAACUGUCAACGAUUCCUGUUCGACGCGCCGGCACUGCUUCUCUGUCAUCGAUCGUCAAGCUCUCCGCGAUCAUCCACGGGAACCACCACGAUAUCCACCGAGAGCCAGAGAGCGAGAUAGAGAGAUAGAGAGAGAGAGAGAGAGAGAGGGAGAGAAAGAGAGAGAGAGCGAGAGAGAGAAAGAGAGAGCACACUCUCUUGCCGCGGAGAAAGUGAGAUUUUCGGUUUCGACGAGGCUGACAUCGGUCCCACCGCCAUUGGACACCGGUCGCAGCCGACUCGCACCCGCUGUCAACGCGCACCGAUCGCUCCACGAGUACCCUAGGUCCGGGUGACGAGUGCAACGACAAACAAACUCAAGUACAGAACACCACCGCCACGGAGAUGAUCCCUCUGACAGCCACCACGUGCUUCCUGAUCGCCGUCACGUUCGUGGCGCUGGUCGUGAUCCUGUUGGACCACCUGCGUUCCAAGAGACUCUCCAAGCAAGACAUCCUCGACGGAUGGAACGACAGUAUGCAGGAACCACCUGGACCAAAGCCCUGGCCGAUCCUGGGCUCCCUGCACAUCCUCGGACGCUACGACGUCCCCUACAAAGCCUUCGGCGACCUUGUCAGGGACUACGACUGCCAGGUGAUCAAGCUCAGGAUGGGAUCCAUGCCGUGCGUGGUCGUCAACGGACUGGAGAACAUCCGAGAAGUGCUGACCAUCAAGGGACACCACUUCGACUCCCGGCCGAACUUCGCCAGAUACCACAUGCUCUUCGGCGGGACCAAGGAGAAUUCUCUCGCUUUCUGCAACUGGUCCGAGGUCCAGAAGGCGCGACGGGAGAUGCUCCGAGCGCACACGUUCCCGCGCGCGUUCUCCGCCCGCUACAACGAUCUGAACGGCAUCAUCGGCGGCGGUAUGGAGGCCCUGAUCACCCACCUGGACUCUAUGGCGAGCACGGCGGUGCACGCGAAGCCGCUGAUCAUGCACAGCUGCGCCGACAUCUUCAUGACCUAUUUCUGCUCGAAGAGCUUCCCGUUGGACCACGCCGGUUUCCGUAACAUGGUCGAGAACUUCGACAGGGUGUUCUUCGAGGUGAACCAAGGCUACGCCGCCGACUUCCUGCCGUUCCUGAUGCCGCUUCACCAUAGAAACAUGGCCAGAAUGGCGCACUGGAGCCACGAGAUCCGCAAUUUCAUCAUCAGCAACGUGAUCGACGAGAGAAUGGACAGCUGGACCGAGGUGGUGGAGCCCGAAAGAGAUUAUCUCGAUUGCCUGGUUAAUCACACGAAGACGGGCGCCGAGCCAAGGAUGUCCUGGAGCGCUACGCUCUUCGUGAUAGAGGACAUCCUCGGAGGACACUCUGCCAUCGGUAAUUUGCUCGUGAAGGUCCUCGGAUUCCUUGCAACCAGGCCGGACGUGCAGAUGAGGGCUCAGGAAGAGAUCGAUGCCAUCGGCAUCAAAGGGAACUACGUCGGACUGGAGAACAGAGGAUCGCUGCCUUACGUCGAAGCCAUCAUCCUAGAGACCAUCAGGAUAAUCGCCAGCCCCAUUGUCCCGCACGUCGCCAAUCAGGACAGCUGCAUCGCCGGCUACAAGAUCAAGAAGGACACCUUCAUAUUCCUGAACAACUACGAGCUGAACAUGUCCACCGAGCUGUGGACCUCUCCGGAGGAGUUCAUUCCGGACAGGUUCGUGCGGCAAGGACAUCUCCUGAAACCCGAGCACUUCUUACCGUUCGGCGGCGGCCGAAGGUCCUGCAUGGGCUACAAGCUGGUCCAGUAUUUGAGCUUCGCGUUUCUGGCCACGCUGCUGAAGAACUAUGUGAUCACGCCCCUGGCAAACGAAGACUACACGAUACCGAUCGGCAACCUGGCCCUGCCCGAGAUCACGUUCAACGUUCGGUUCGAGAGACGGUAGGGUCUCGAGGAGGACGAAAGCUCAGCCUGGGCUUCAAGGGUGAACCUCGAUCCUCGGAUGAGGCGUUGAGAACCAUGAUCGAUUCCGGAAGAGCUUCCGGAAGAGCUGGGAGCAACGAAGGACGAGCCGAAGAGAGGCUUGUCGUUUUUAAUUUGCUCUUUCUCUAGACCAGGCAUGGGCGACGAACCCUGAACAGGAUUGUUCGGAGGACGAUCGACAUCGGAGAAGCGACGGGACACUGUCCGCAGCUCGACAGCAGCUAUCUGCUCGCGCCCGUGCCUGGUUUAGACGACGCUUUAGAGAAGGUCGAAUGCCACGGACCGCGCGCACAGACGACGAGGAUUCGAUCUUCGUCGGCAACGAAAGCUUUACUGACAUUACUAGGUGUUUAAGCUAGCUAAUUGUUGAUCGUCCCUCGACGCGUGAACUUCCCCCAUCCGAAACGAGCGAAUCGAAGACGAUCAGCCAACGAUAUAUCAGGAGAGAAGACUUGGACUGAUAAAGAAGAGGACUGACCCUGCAGCGGGGAUCAAGGUGACGACGCCGCGCUGCACAGCCAUGUUCUAGCGAGCGCUUUAGGUAAACCGGGCCCCCUUGCCGAUCGCUAAUCUCUCUCUUCGCCCUCUUUCCCGCGGAAGAUCGAGUUGCCGCCAGGUUUUUCUGAGAAAACUUGACUCGCCUCGUCUCAUCUCGUCUCAUCUCGUCUCGUCUUGUCUUGUCUUGUCUCGUCUCGUCUCGUCUCGUCUCGACUCGACUCGUCUCGACUCGACUCG